CUUUUUGGCUCGUCAAAUACAGCUGGAUCACCGUUUGGGGGUUCUGGAGCCACUUCCACAUUCGGGACCGGUACUGGUACAAAUUCUACUUCAUUUGGUGCUUCCAAUGCGGCUGCAGGUGGUAUUUUCGGCGGUGCUAACAAAUCGGGCUUUGGAGCCUCUACGGGAGCGUUUGGUUCUGGUGGCACUUCUCCAUUUGGAGCUACUUCAGGUACUGGCUUCGGUGGAGUAGGAGGCACUGUAGAUUCUAAUACCAACAACGGAACAGCCGUAAAGCCGUUUGCAGCUGUUAGCGAAAAGGACAAUACUGGAACUUUGAACGUUUUCCAGAACAUCUGUGCUAUGCCUGAGUACAAAAAUUUUUCGUUUGAAGAGUUGAGAUUGAAAGAUUACGAACAAAACAGGCGUUAUGGUUCUCAGAAUGCUGCUGGUGCUGCUGGUUCUACAACCGGCGGAUUCAGCUUCGGGGCUUCCACCAAUGCUCCUUCCUCUACUUCUGCAUUUGGUUCUGGUGGACAAACUGGCUUCGGAGCACAACCUAACACAGGCCUGGCCUUUGGGUCUUCAGGAGCAUUUGGAGCAGGUCAGCCAUCAAGUUCUCCAUUUGCAGCACAAUCCAAUACUACAAGCACCUUUGGCCAGCAACAGCAGAGCUCACCUUUUGGAGGAGCUGCAGCUGGUGGUUCUGGAUUUGGAACUUCUAAUGCAGCUAGUGUUUUUGGAAGUUCCAACACUGCUUUUGGUGCCAAUAAGCCGGCUACAGGGUUUGGAGCCACUGGUUCUUCAUUUGGAAAUGCUGGCACUGGCGGAGGUCUCUUUGGUUCUAACAAUGCCAAUUCUAAUACUAACGCCAAUGCAUCUCCUUUUGGAGGUACUGGCAAUACAGCUGGUGGUUUUGGCCAGACCAGCAACUCGCCAUUUGGCCAAAGCAAUACUGGAAACGCCUUUGGCCAGAGCAACACUGGCAGUUCACCAUUUGGAACUCAGAACAAUGCUGGUGGAGGUUUGUUUGGAGGAGCUCGGAAUAACCUAUCAAAUAGUAAUGCUUUUGGAGCCUCCAACACCAACGCGGGUUUUGGUGCCUCUUCUACUGGUGGAGGCUUGUUUGGUGGAGCUCAGAAUACGGCCAGCACCUUUGGUGCCAAUAAACCUGCUACAGGAGGAUUGUUUGGAGGAGCUGGUCAGAGUAAUACUCAAGCAGGAGGAUUAUUUGGACAAAAUAACCAGCAACAAAAUACUUCUGGUGGAUUGUUUGGCCAAAAUAACCAACAACAACAACAACAAGCAUCAGGAGGCUUAUUUGGAGCAAAACCUGCUGGAAAUACUGGAGGUUUAUUUGGUAGUAGUCAGACUUCUAACACAGCUACUGGCGGAGGUUUGUUUGGUGGUAAUACCAAUCAAUCUGGAGCUGGUGGUUUAUUUGGAGCCAAAACUAAUACAAGUGGUGGUUUAUUUGGAGCAUCGCAGCCUGCCUCCAGUGGUAAUGCAGCCUUUGGCCAAGGUGCUGCCAAUACACAGCAAUCGGGUGGAUUGUUUGGGAACAAACCAGCCGGAGCUACUGGUGGUGGCUUGUUUGGUGGAAGCAAUACUGUCAACGCUGCAGCUGGUGCUAGUGGCGGAUUGUUUGGAGGUAGUUCUACCAAUCAAGGUGGAGGUCUUUUUGGUUCAAGCAACAAUGCUGGUGGAUUAGGGACCAAUACACAACAAUCUGGCGGUUUAUUUGGUGCCAAACCUGGUAAUACAGGAACAGGUGGAGGUUUGUUUGGUGGUGGAUCGUCGGGAACAAACACUCUUGGAAGUUCGACUCUUGGAACCAACGUGUUGCAGAAUAAUGCCCAGCAAUCGCAACAGCCAUUGGUCAACAUAAACUCUCAAAAUCCAUAUGGGAACAACCCGAUUGUUAUGUUCCAGAGUAUUACCGGAAGUCAGCAAACUAAUGCUGCUGGUCCAUCUAUCACACCAGUAAAGACUGUCAACAAGAAACCCGUAACAUUGGGCAAUCCUCACAGAGUUGCUCCAAUAUUCAGGGUGAGUGCAUUGCCAAAGAAGAAGUCUACAUCUCUGAACGAGAAGGCUCUUGUAACGAAGAAGCCCGACGGUGUAUUCACGGCCAGUACAGAUGCGGCUAUUAUAUCAUCGGAUAUUUUUGCACCAAAGGACAAUUUCAAGAAGCUUGUCUUGGAUAAGUCUCAGGAAAGCAAUACCAAGUUGCUUCCAAGUACCGAGUCCCAGAAUGGUCCUACGAAACAAGUUACUUUCCAAUUGGAGAAAUCCAGCACUUCCGCUGCUACUGAAGCUAUUGAAAAUGGCCAAGACAAAACCAAGUCCAAGCAUAAAAAGAAAGAAGUUGAAUCAGAAAAGAUCGUUCCUCCAAUCACUUCGUCUACACCAGAACAUACUCUUACAGAUGAAGUUGACGAUAAUGGCUACUGGACAUCGCCCCCAUUGUCUCAAUUGAAGAGCAAAUCGUUGUCAGAGUUACGUUCUAUCAAGGGGUUCAAGAUUGGACGCAAGCACUACGGACAAGUCGAAUUCUUGGAUCCAGUCGACUUGUCUAGCAUCGUCAACUUGGAUGAUAUUGCCGGUAAUGUGAUUAUCUUUGGAUCCAAGUCGUGUCUCGCUUACCCAGACGAAAACAGACCCAAGAAGGGAGAAGGGUUGAAUUUGCCAGCGCGAAUCACUUUGGAAGGAUGCUAUCCUUUGAACAAGGCUGAUAAGAUGCCAAUUCUUGAUCCUAAGAGCGAGGUCGUAAAAUUGCAUAUUGAGAAUUUGAAGAAGUUGCCAUACAUGAACUUCGAGUCAUACGACGCAGCCACCGGCAACUGGACAUUCACAGUAGAGUCGAUGGAUGCUUGA